AUGGUGAGGACUGGCCUUAGCGGCUCGUGCGGCUCGACUCAGCUAACGCUAACUUUAGACGCUAUAGCAACGAGCAGAAAGACUGUCACCUGCCGACUCACCCCGGGACACCGAGGAAGAGUGGUAUUUGACAACUUGAACGUCACGCUGAUCGAUCUGAAAAGGCUGAUAAUGACCCGAGAGAAGCUCCGAGCCUCGGACUGUGACCUGCAAAUAACCAACGCACAAACCAAAGAAGAGUACACAGAAGAUGCCAGCUCAAUUCCCAAAGGCUCCUCGGUCAUUGUUCGCAGAGUCCCCUCACGUGCAAGAAAGUCUGGCUCAAGUGUCAAUAACAGUAAGCGUUCUGAAGCCGUCAGAUCCCCCUAUGGACUCUACAGAUCACAAGUGGAAGCUAAGAAAACUACAGGCAUUUCUCCCAUUUUCUUAAAGAUGGCUGCCAUCUCUAGUUUAGAUGGCACGGAAGAUGAUAAGAUCAAAACCGUAUCGAAUCAGUGCUUCUAUGACAGCUCAACCUACAAGUAUGGUGCCCCACUUCCUGCAAACUACACUUGUUAUCGCUGCGGAUCCAGUGAGCAUCACAUCAGAGACUGUCCUCUGGCUUUGGAUAAUAACACAGAACCUGCAGUCAAAAUUAAGAAGAGCACAGGCAUCCCUCGUUCUUUCAUGGUUAAAGUUGACGAUCCCAGUAUUAAAGGUGCCAUGCUUACCAACACCGGAGACUUUGCAGUUCCAGCCCUUGAUGCUGAAGUCUAUGCAGCUUCGAAAAAGAAGACUCCCGCUCAAGAGCUGCCAGUGCAGGUUCCCCCUGACACUUCUAUCCCAGAUGAACUUAUGUGCCUCAUCUGCAAAGACCUGCUCACCGAUGCUGUGGUCAUUCCAUGUUGUGGAAACAGCUACUGUGACGACUGUAUCCGCACUGCUCUGCUGGACUCCGAUGACCACGUUUGCCCGACCUGUGACCAAGCCGAAGUCUCCCCAGAUACACUCAUAGCCAAUAAAUUCUUGCGACAGGCUGUGAAUAACUUUACAAAUGAAGUGUCCACCCAGAACCUUAAGAAUACAUGCAGCACUCCCCGGUCUCAGGAUUGUACUCAAAGACCAAGUCCAGCCCCGACUCCACCGCCUCAGAUCCAACCUGAAAAGAUGCCGGUAGCAGACAUGCAAUCAGUUUCAAGUACUGACUCACCCACCAGUUCCGCAAACACCUCCCCUGUUGUGAAAACCGUUGAUGAAACAGCUGAAGAGAAAGAAGAUCCAACAAAAGCCUGCUCUUCACCAGAAAAUCCUUCUGUGUCGGUUUCAGAAGCAGACGGUGGUGAUAAUUUGUCUCGGUCUAUACCACUUGUUACCUCAGUUAGAAAGUCGGUAGAGACAGAAUCCACUACCGCCUCCAUCUCUCAGUCUGAGCCGUCACACUGGAACAGAUCGACUUCAUCCAGCCCCAGUGAAGGCUGGACUGCAAUAAACACGGUUCAUCCUCCCUCCACCAGCUCCUUUCCAAGCUCUCACCCCCUUAACAUCAUCCCAGCUCCUGUGCAAACAUACCUCAUACAACAGCAGCCGCCCCUGAAUACGUACCCGCCUGUUUUCAUCCCUUCCACACCCCCAUGGACUUCUGUGCCCAUCCCCCAGGGGGCUCCCGUUCCGACUUUUACUUCCUCCUCCUCCACCACCUCUAUCCCUCCACUGAUCCCCAAAGAGAUGAUGUUGCAACACAGAAGGAAAACAGAAAGAACCCCCCCUCGAGGAUCAGUGUACAGCCCUUCAUAUCACCGUUCAAAGUCCCAUAAGUGUUCUCGCUCCACCAGCAGAUCACCCUCACAGUCCCAUUCCCACAAAAGAUCACGGCCUUAUUCCCCUAAAUCAAGUCACAGAGCCACGUCCAGUCGGUCCCACCCCUCUUCGCGCAAACACUCACCGACCACGACCUCAACCCCACGGCCGUACUCUAUGCGCAGAUCCGAAUCUCCAACCGACCACAACAAGAGCCGCCGCCGCCACGACCAGCGCUCCACAAAGACUUCCACUCCCAGCAGAGGCAGCGGCUCAUCCAGACGGGAGAACUCUCAUAGUUCCAGAGAAGGCACGGACUGGAGUUUAGAAUCUUACCUGCGCUGGAAACAAGACUACAAAGAGUGGUACGACAAGUAUCUGAGCAGCUUCUACAGCCACUUCCACCAUAUGCCCCCUCCACCUCUAAUGCCUCCCCCACAGCCAGACUGGCCCCCUUUCUCCCCGUACCACAGCAAAGCCCGAUCACCUCCCUCUAGCGACAGCGUCACUUCCCAGUCCCGCUCGGAAACGUCUUCGUCAUCGUACAGCGACAGACACUCGACUCCCACACAGUCGUUCAGUGACAGCAAUUCCCCUCUGAGCGAUAACUGCUCGUCCCUGGAGCCUCCAAAAGUGCCUCGUCGCAGGGAUGAGAACCAAAGCGAGGUGAGGGAAAGUAGGAAAGACCACACCCGUCUGAAGUCACCCCAGAGAAAGAGUAAAGGUGAAAGUAAAAGGAAAGAUAAGAAAGCGGUGAAUAAAGAAAAAGAUAGUAAGAGGCGUGAGGGUAAGGAGGAUAGAAGCAGACAAACUGGACGCAGCCGAACACCAGACUCGAGGUCUGACAAGAAGAGGAAGAGGAGUGAAGAAACUUGCAUUAAUCAAAGCAGAAAUAUCCUCAAAGAGUCCUCAAGUUCUGACCCGAUCCCAAAAGUGUUUGAAAGGGAAAAGCACAAGAAAUCCACGUGGAAGGCCCAGCCGCUGACAGCAGAGAACGCUUGGGAAGGCAACGUGAGUGUGAAAACCCCUCAAAAGAUCAACAUCAACCUCAACCUGGACGUCAGAAGGAACGGGAGCGAUGUAGACGAGGCCAAGAAAGCGAUUAAAAAAGUGGAAGGCCGCACAGGUUCAGACGAGGUAGUUGUUGGCCCCAUAAUACCACAUGAAGAAAUGCGGGAUGAGAAAAAUGACUCGUGGGAGAUAUUUCCUGAAGACGAAGCCAUUGGAGAAGAUUCAGACCUGUGGCACUGCGCCCUGACGCCAGUUGAGGACGAAGAGGGAAUAGAGGAGGAGGAGGAGGAGAGUGCAGGAAAAGCUCUAGUACAGCAGAAUAUUCCAGACUCUGAGCGGAGCAGAGAACUUAUUGGAAGUACAAGCACAGACCGCAGCAGUUUGGCAAUGGCUCCAUCUGGAGCCGUGAUCAUCAGUGAGGAACCACAAAACGCAGCGGUGAUUCAUUUGGAGAAAUACAUGGAAAACAGAACAUUAGAGAAGCCUAGAGAUCAUGUAAAGGUUGGCAAUCCCAGACGGGAAAAGAGGGGAUCUGACAAAGAACUGCAGUCAAAGGUUUCCUCAAAUCACAGGGAAGUAAAGGAGAGGACAAAAAGAAAGUCAAAGCAAAGAUCAGAGAAAGACAGUGAAGGCAGAGAGAGAGAAGAACACAGCCAUCACAGAGAAAGGAAAAGCAGUGGCAGGUCUCAUAGCAAAUCUUCAAAUGCUUCAAGCCAAGAAUUUACAUCAAUUUUAGUUGAAGAUCGAUCCAGUAAAUAUCGAGAAUCAGACCGUGAGACCACGUCACACUCUCACAGCAGUGAGAGGCGGCAGCUCCCCUCCAAGACGGCUCCAGAAGACUGUUUAGGACAGAACUGGACAUGCAUAAGCCAGUGCUCUACCCCACCCUCCGCUCACUCAAGUCUAGGCAUAGCCACAAGCAUGAGGAAAAAGACUGAAGGAAUGAAUAAUGAUAGAACAGAGCCGAGGGAAAGUCGCCAUGAGGAGCAUGUAUCUACAGACCGCUCAUUCUACAGAUCAAAUGAACAUGACGCCAAGAAUGAGCAGAAAGACGAGAAGAAACACAAAUCUCAUAAAAAGGUCAAGAGACAUGCCAGUUCUGAUGAAGAGAAGAAACCAAAGAAGAAAACCUUUGCUGCAUCACACUGA